AUGAAGAGCAACAACAGCCUGACUCCCUCCUAUUUUCAGUUCACUGUUUUUGCACACUAUGGGCUCCUCAGAUACCUUUUCUUCAGCCUCUCUCUGUUGAUCUACAUGACUAUAAUCUCUGCUAAUCUUGUCAUUGUUUUGUCAGUCUGCCUGGAGAACUCUCUGCAUCAGCCCAUGUAUAUUUUCAUCUGCUCUCUGUGUUUAAACUCUCUGUACGGCUCGACCGGCUUCUUCCCCAGGUUCCUGAUGGACCUUCUGUCCGACACUCAUUUCAUCUCACAUCCACUUUGUUUUGUUCAGAUGUAUGUUAUUCAGACUUACAAAAUUCAUGAGCUAUCUGUCCUCACUGUCAUGGCCUAUGACAGGUUUGUUGCCAUUUGCCAGCCUUUACACUAUCACAGUAAAAUGACAUUUAGGACAGUGCUGCUGCUUUUGAUCAUUGCUGUGUUGUACCCUGUAUUUAUUGUUACCUACUUUUUAUAUAUGGCCAGCAUUUUGCCUUUGUGUGGAAACAAACUGCACAGGAUUUACUGCACCACCUGGUCUGCACUUCUACUGUCCUGUGUGGACAUAACUGUGAUCAGUGUAGCAGGUCAGUUUCUUGCUGUGGCAUCAUUCUUCAUCCCCAUGUCCUUUGUCCUGUACACCUACCUGCGCAUUCUGCUUGUCUGCAGGAGAAGUUUACAGACCUGCCUGCCCCACAUAGUGAUCUUUGGAAACUAUUGCAUCUCAGUGUUCUGUGAGAUUUUAUUAAGUUUGUAUAAGGUUGAUGAGGUAAAUUCAUUUGUCAUUGUUGCUUUAUCUCUGGAGGUGUUGAUCAUCCCUCCCAUCAUGAACCCUUUGGUUUACGGCCUGAACCUGCCUCAGAUCAGAGCAGUGAUUUUUGGUUCUCUAAUGUUAAGCAAAAUUGCUUGUCCAAUAUAA